GUUAUACCAAGCGAUAAACAAGGCAUAACAAUAAAAUAUUAAACAUCGAUAAAUCAAUAGCAUGUGUCAUUAGAUUGUUGUAAAAUUAUGUGUUAGUAGAAAAUACUUUGUCUGGGUAUAUUACAAACAUGGAAACCACUCCAUUACUAUCCAGACCUAAGAGGAAAUCUUUAUGGUCAAGAUUUAGCUUCCGUAAAAAAGAGUUGACAUCUAGAGUCAUUUAUCUGGGGCAACUACCAGAUGAAGAUUUUCCACCAAACUUUAUUUGUAAUCAAAAAUAUAAUAUUAUAACAUUCCUUCCACUGGUAUUGUAUGACCAAUUCCGUUUUUUUUUAAAUCUUUACUUUUUGGUCAUGGCACUGAGUCAAUUCAUACCGAGUAUUCGUAUUGGAUACCUGUAUACAUACUGGGGACCGCUGUGUUUUGUUUUGGCAGUGACACUUUUCAGAGAGGCAGUGGAUGACUUCAGACGAUACAGAAGGGACAAAGAAGUGAAUAGGCAAUGCUACGAGCGUGUGGUUCUUGACCAGAACAUAAAUGAUUACCAACCAUUUGUGACGGAGCGCGUGCCAGCGUCGGCGCUGAGAGUUGGCGACAUAGUCAUGCUGCACAAGGGCCAAAGAGUGCCGGCAGACAUGAUUCUAUUGAGGACUAACGAGACAAUGGGUACUGUAUUUAUACGAACAGACCAAUUGGAUGGAGAAAUAGAUUGGAAAUUGAGAAUACCAUUACCUUCUACUCAAAAACUCCCGACAGAUGCACAUCUUCUCGAUAUAAAUGCUCAAAUAUUUGUUGAAAAACCAGAAAAGGAUAUCCAUUCCUUUAUUGGAACUUGUACUAGACUGGACGAAGAAGAGAAUGAUUCUUUGGACAUCGAGAACACGCUGUGGAGCGGCUGCGUCGUGGCUUCAGGUCAAGCUACUGGAUUGAUUAUCUAUACAGGUAGUCAAACGCGCAGUGUGAUGAACAACUCGACACCCCGGUCCAAAGUGGGCCGCCUCGAGCUGCAGGUGAACGACCUCACCAAGCUCCUCUUCGCAGCUACACUCCUCACGUCCUUCCUGAUGAUCGUACUGAAAGGUUUCAAUGGACCUUGGUACGGAUUUCUCUUUAGAUUUGAACUGCUGUUUUCAUACAUCAUUCCUAUCAGUUUGAGGGUAAACUUGGAUAUGGGCAAAGUCUUCUACUCCUGGACUAUACAGAAAGACAAAAAAAUAGAAGGCACUGUGAUGCGAUCGACGACUAUUCCAGAGGAACUGGGUAGGAUACAGUAUCUACUCGCUGACAAAACUGGGACGCUGACCAAAAACGAGAUGGUGUUUCAAAAGCUGCAUUUAGGAAAUGCUUUGUACGACAACAAUCUGUUCUAUGAGGUGGAAGGGUUGCUGACACAAUAUCUGACGAACGAGUCGCACUCGGCGCCAGCGUCGCCCGUACUGGGGAGCUCGGAGCCUCUGUCGCCGACGCCGCAGCAGGUGUGGCGCGCGGUGCUGGCCCUGGCGCUGUGCCACAACGUCACGCCGGUCUACGAGCUCGACGACCAGAGGGCCGACGAGGCGCAGUCAGACAUGGGAAGCUCUAUGAUGUCGGAGAGCUGCGGCGGCGCCGUGCCGCAGCAGGAGCUGUGCGACUACCAGGCCUCCAGCCCCGACGAGGUGGCGCUCGUCAAGUGGACCGACCGGAUGGGUGUAUCCCUGUACCGAAGAGAUUUUAGCAGCAUCGCUUUGAAGCUGCGAGCAACCAACGAGAUCGUGCAGUUCUCCAUACUGCAAAUUUUCCAUUUCACCAGUGAAAGCAAAAUGAUGGGUAUUAUUGUGCAGGAGGAAGUAUCAGGCGAGAUAACGUACUACGUGAAGGGAGCAGACGUGGCGCUCGCGCCUCUCCUGGAGUCCCCCUGGCUCAACGAGGAGUGCAAGCGGCUGGCGGCCGAGGGCCUGAGGACUCUCGUCGUUGCCAAGAAAAUUCUCACUAACAACGAGUAUUUGGAAUUUGAGAGUGAAUACAAAGAGGCGAGGCUGAGCGUGACCAACCGCGCCGAGAGGACCAUGGCGGCGAUGUCGAAGCUGCAGUGCGGGUUGCAGCUGUUGGGGCUCACCGGCGUCGAGGACCGGCUCGCCGACCACGUGCCCGAGACCAUGGCCAUGCUGCGCGCCGCCGGGAUCAAGAUCUGGAUGUUGACCGGCGACAAACUGGAGACGGCGUUGUGCAUCGCGCGCUCGCUGCACCUCGGCGGCGGCAGCAGAUGGUUCGUGGCGCCGGAGUGCAGCUCGCGCCGCGACGCGCACGCGCUGCUGCGCGGCCUCGCCGCCGCCGCCGACCAGGACCUCAUCAUCGAGGGCGAGACGCUCGAGAUGUGCCUGCAGUGCUACGAGGACGAGAUGGUGGAGGUGCUGUGCGGGUGCUCGGGCGUGGUGGUGGCGCGCUGCUCGCCCACGCAGAAGGCGCGCGUGGCGCAGCUGCUGCGCGCGCGCGGCCGGGUCGUGGCGGCCGUGGGCGACGGUGGCAACGACGUGGCCAUGAUACAAGAGGCCGACAUCGGCGUAGGCAUCGAGGGCGCGGAGGGGCGCGCCGCGUCGCUGGCGGGCGACGUGAGCGUGCGCGCGUUCUCCAGCCUGGCGCGGCUGCUGCUGGUGCACGGCCGGCGCGCCGUCAUGCGCUCCGCCGCGCUGUCGCUCUUCAUCGUGCACCGCGGGCUCAUCGUCUCCACCAUGCAGGCGGUGUUCAGCGUAGUGUUUUACUUCUCGUCGGUCUCACUCUAUCCCGGAUUCCUGAUGGUUGGCUAUGGUACCCUGUUCACUAUGCUGCCAGUAUUUUCUUUGGUCCUUGAUAAAGACAUUCCUAGCUCUACUGCUCUCAAAUAUCCUCAACUGUAUAAACAAUUGACAAAAGGAAGACAAUUGUCAUACAAGACUUUCUACAUUUGGACAGGGAUAUCCAUAUAUCAAGGCGGCGUGAUAAUGUACGGCGCGCUGGUGCUGUUCGAGGACCAGCUGAUCCACAUCGUAGAGAUCAGCUACACGGCGCUCAUCCUCACCGAGCUCAUCAUGGUGGCGCUCACGGUGGACACGUGGCACCGCCUCAUGGUGGUGGCCGAGCUGGUCAGCCUGCUCAUGUACGCCACGACGCUGCUCGUCUUCAACAGCUACUUCGACUCAGAUUUCAUCAAGCACUGGGAUUUCUGGUGGAAGGUGACCACGAUAACUCUCGUCUCCUGCUUGCCGCUGUACAUCGUGAAGUUCAUGCACCGCAAGUGGAGCGCCCGCCAGUAUCGCAACAUACGGAAAUGAUGUUUGUGUAUUAGGGCAUAGGGUUCACAUAAUGCCCUAACAUAACGUGUGUUAAACUGGUGUACCGUGAAACCAUUUAUUUGUGCCUUGGAGGGUAAAUUUUUCCAUUGAGAAAAGUGCU